GCACACGUCGCUGGUCACCUACACGUAGCACUGGCCAGAUUAUUUUGACAAAUUUCUGUAGCACAGUGUUGUGUCGUAGUUGGGGAGGGUUGGAUUCGAACCUUCGCGUAGCGUGAUAGUUUGUUUUCCUGGCGAUAGUGUGUAGUUGUGUUGUGUUACUGUAGUGUUUUGUAGCACUGUUACACCAGAUUUCUGUAACAUUAUUCAGCGUUGUUUUUGGAUUAACAAUAGAGAUUAAUUAUUCUAAUGACUAUGGCGAGCAAGCCACGAGUUUCCGGUCUAUUUCUGACCUUGACAUUGUCAUUUUGUUUAACGGUUAGUUUAGGGAAGGUCCAUGAGAUCAACCAAGGCUCUAUAGAUAAGUUUUUAAGGGGCAAGCUAUUCGUGCUGACGUUUGUGGACUCACCAACCUGUACACGAUGUCGCAUCUUGUUCCCUUUCUACCUGGCCGCCUCUCAGGUGUUUCCUAAUGACCCGGAGAUUUUCUUCACUCGGACACACGACAAGAGCUUAAUCCAGAAAUGGGGCAUCACUGAACUACCAGCCCUUGUCUACCAUAGAAUGGACAUCAAGUCAUUUGAAAUUAUGAACGUUGAUGUGACAGUUGAUGACAUCGUAGAGGAGAUCGCACGAAUCUUGUACGGCAACUUCGGCGGUCUGACCCGGACCUACACGGUACACGCUGAUGAGCAGAUUUAUGAUGAAGUCAUCAUGACCCCCAAACAGUCGGUCCUGCUGCUGUUGUACAAGAAAGACGAUUAUGAAGCGGUGAGGGUGUUUGAAAACGUCGCCAAGGCAUUUCGUAAGGAUGACGCGAUUCUGCUAGCCACCUUGGAUGUAGAGAAACAUCAAAAGCUAAGAGAUAAAAAGUUCUUGUCCAGAGAUACCCCAGUGGUCAUUUGGCUGGACGCCGAGGAUAAAAAUUCGCCCAAAAGGUUCGGAGGGGUGCUGUCUGAAGAAUCGCUCAGCAUUUUUAUCAACGAGAGGACUGGACUACACCGAAGCUACGAUGGCGCCCUGUUGGAAGAGGCUGGCCGAGUGGAGGAGGCUGAUAAAAUCAUUGAGAACAACAUCGAGAAAAUUAUCGAAGCUACACCCGAGAAUUUGAAAGAGGUUGCAGAUCAGCUGAGAUCUCUUCAAGGUCAACUGACAGUCUAUGAAACAUCGAUGAUCGACUACUACCUGUUUGUGUUGACCAACAUAGCUCAGGCCGGCAACACGGACAUAGUGAGGGAGCUCAUCUACAAUGUGGAGGCCACGCUCUAUGGAGGGGAAGACACCAAGACCAAAGCUGAAGAAUCCUUGAAGCGACAGAAGAACGUGUACCUCUUCUUCCGUCAAGCCGAGCGGGACUUCAAGGACGAGCAGAAGAAAAAAGAGAAGGCGGAGAAGAAAGCCAAGGAGCAGAAGAUGAAGGAAGUCGUCCUCGAACAGCCCGCCAAACACACCCACAUCCACACUGAGCUUUGAGCAGACACAGUUACCGCCCCUAGCUCGGCUCAUUUAAUUUUUUUGGAGUUUCGUCUUUUUAUGUUAUAAUGACGUGACACGUUUUUAAAUGUUUCUGCUGAUGACGUGAGCGUGGUAUGUUCACGUCUGGCGAGGCUGUGCAUGUCAGAUCUGAACUGUGUGUCCUCGUCUGUCAUACGUGAUCCAGCAAUCUGACAUGUCUUUCCUGGUCUGUCAUACGUUAUCCAGCAGUCUGUCAAAGUUUAGCUUAGCAUUGCGUGAUAUUUGAGUAGUUGUCUGUUGUAGUUGUUUGAAUGUAUGGCUUGCUUUAAUGUGGUUGUGGUUCAAUUCACGUCAUUUUAUAACAUGUAUAAUGUGGUUGUUGUUCAAUUCACGUCAUUUUAUAACAUGUAUUAUGUGGUUGUGGUUAAAUUCAUGUCAUUCAAGCCUUGUCUGUUGUAUUUGUUGUUAACACUCACGUCCUUCAUAGCUAGGUGAAUUGGCUGUGGUUUAAAUUCAAGUAUUUCACGAGCUUAGAUAAAUAGCAACCAUUUUCGUCAUCAACAUCCACGUGACAAGAUAGAAGCAUAGAAGAUCACAAUAAUUUGUACACAAGAUUGUAUGUGUUUUGUAUAUUGUAUUUGUGUCGAUUGUAUUGUAUAUUGCGAUGUAUGAUGUAUCGUUCAUCGUAGAUUGUGGUACAUAAUGUGUACAUCCAUGAGAAACUGUGUACGAUAUUAUGUUAAUUGAACUAACUGGAGACUAUAUUCCAAUA